GUGGCGGUCGGGGUAUGCUCUGUGCAGCCAGCCAGUCUGUCAUGGGAGGGACAAGGGAGACUUGCGCUCCUGCAGCUGCUUACUGGCUGGCGUUGGAACAGGGGGUGGACUGGCUCUGCCCUGCCUGCUGCAGAGAGACAAAGAGAGAGAGAAUCCUAGUGACCGAGAGAGAGAGAGACCGAGAGACAGAGAUACAGAGACCGAGAGAGAGUGAGCGAGCGAGACUGAGUGAGCGAGCGAGACUGAGUGAGCGAGCGAGACUGAGUGAGCGAGCGAGACUGAGUGAGUCGAGCGAGACUGAGUGAGUCGAGCGAGACUGAGUGAGUCGAGCGAGACUGACUGAGUGAGUCGAGCGAGACUGAGUGAGUGAGCGAGCGAGACUGAGUGAGUGAGCGAGCGAGACUGAGUGAGUGAGUGAGCGAGCGAGACUGAGUGAGCGAGCGAGACUGAGUGAGCGAGCGAGACUGAGUGAGCGAGCGAGACUGAGUGAGACUGAGUGAGCGAGCGAGCGAGUGAGACUGACUGAGCGAGCGAGCGAGUGAGACUGACUGACUGAGUGAGACUGAGCGAGACUGACUGAGCGAGUGAGACUGACUGAGCGAGCGAGUGAGACUGACUGAGCGAGCGAGUGAGACUGACUGAGCGAGCGAGUGAGACUGACUGAGCGAUCGAGUGAGACUGACUGAGCGAUCGAGUGAGACUGACUGAGCGAGCGAGUGAGACUGACUGAGCGAGCGAGCGAGUGAGACUGACUGAGCGAGCGAGCGAGUGAGACUGACUGACUGAGUGAGACUGAGCGAGACUGACUGAGUGAGACUGACUGAGCGAGCGAGUGAGACUGACUGAGCGAGCGAGUGAGACUGACUGAGCGAGCGAGUGAGACUGACUGAGCGAUCGAGUGAGACUGACUGAGCGAUCGAGUGAGACUGACUGAGCGAUCGAGUGAGACUGACUGAGCGAGCGAGCGAGUGAGACUGACUGACUGACUGAGUGAGACUGACUGACUGAGUGAGACUGAGCGAGUGAGACUGAGCGAGUGAGACUGAGCGAGUGGUGAGUGAGCCAGUGAGACUGAGCGAGUGGUGAGUGAGCGAGUGAGACUGAGCGAGUGGUGAGUGAGCGAGUGGUGAGUGAGCGAGUGGUGAGUGAGCGAGUGGUGAGUGAGCGAGUGGUGAGUGAGCGAGUGGUGAGUGAGCGAGUGGUGAGUGAGCGAGUGGUGAGUGAGCGAGUGGUGACUGAGCGAGUGUGACUGAGCGAGUGAGACUGAGCGAGUGAGACUGAGCGAGACUGAGUCAGAGAGACGGAGACGGUCUCUCACUUAGAGACAGAGACCGCGAGACAGAGAGCGAAAGAGAGAGAGACAGAGCCCAAAGGAGAGAGAGACAGAGAGAAACAAGGCUGAAUCAACUCCACAGCAGAGAGAGAGACUGGGUUUCUGCAUCGGUAUGCCUGCUCCUGCUCUCUCAUUUCCACCAUAUGCCGCUGCUGCCUCUCUGAGGAGACCUGGACUCUGUUUAAAAUGCCAAUCGCCUGCUUGAGGCUACUCCUUCAUCCUCAAUCAUUUACAUGUAACAUUUAUACUCUCUGUUCCCGGCGUGAGAGACCGGGAGAGCAUGAGUGAGAAGAGUGGAUGACAAUAUCCGUGCUUUUCUCCUUUCUGCUGAAGUUCCUGCGGCGAUUAGCAGAGCAGGUGGUUUCGACUCUUUGGACACUAUCCGUCUGAGCUGUCCGUGUUUGGAGAAAAAGACUGAAAGGAGAGGACACAACAUUCGCUGGGAAACAUCACCUGCUAUAUUGGGGAACGUGUGACUGCAUUUUUAUGAGACAAACCGGUACUAUAGUAAGCGAAGAUUAUGAAAGUUGUUUGACCUUUUUGGUGAUAUAUUUCCCCCCUGCUCUUCAUGCAGCAGGCACACAGCGCUGCACAUGUUGGCUGUGUCUUUUCUGAGGAGAGAACGAGAAGUAGGAUGAGAGCCUGCCAGAGUAUUUGUCCUCUGCUAUCUGUGUCCUUCUCUGUGUGACUCGUCUGUGUCUGUGCAGUGAGGGGUGCCCUGGGAGACUCCCUAGUUGCUGAUCGUGGGCGAGGGCUAGUCCUCAACAUUGCUGCUGACAUGGCAGAGGGAACACAGCUCCUCUCUUUGGGGCACCGGCCUGGUCUGCUGCUGAGCUAAGACUUGGACCAGCCAUUGACCAUCCCCGGCCAAGUUCCAGUCCUCUGUCUCUGGAUCUGGUUUCAGACCAGGGGCUUUCAGAAGGCUCCCUGGCUGCAAGAUGAACUCUUCCUUGGACCUGCUGGACCUUGAGCUCUUGAACCAGAGCGGCUCUCCUUUCUGCCUCCUAGACAUGGGCUACUCCCAGAUCUUCAACACCUGUCUUUUAGAGGUGGCCAUCAUCUUGCUCCUCACAGUUCUCAUCAUCUCUGGCAACCUCGUGGUGAUCUUUGUCUUCCACUGUGCUCCACUGCUCCACCACCACACCACCAGCGCCUUCAUCCAGACCAUGGCCUACGCAGACUUGUUAGUUGGGGUCAGCUGCCUCAUCCCUUCCCUCUCCCUCCUCCACCACCUGAAAGGCCUGGAUGAAGAGCUCACCUGUAAGGUGUUUGGUUACAUGGUUUCCGUGUUGAAGAGCGUUUCCAUGGCGUCACUGGCGUGCGUCAGCGUGGACCGCUACAUGGCGAUAACGCGGCCGCUGUCGUAUGCUACACUGGUGACACCGUGCCGGAUCCGCGUGUGCAUCCUCCUCAUCUGGCUCUACUCCGCCCUCAUCUUCCUGCCUUCCUUCUUCGGCUGGGGGAAGCCUGGCUACCACGGCGAUGUGGUUGAGUGGUGUGCCAUGGAGUGGGGGACAAAGCCGCUCUUCACGUCAUUCAUCGUGGCGCUGCUCUACGUGCCGGCCGCCAUGACGGUCUGCUUCACCUACGCCAACAUCUUCCGUAUCUGCCGGCAACACACAAAGGAGAUCAGCGAGCGCCGCGCCCGCUUCAGCCCACAGGAGAGCCCUCUGGGACAGGAUGGCCAGCCGCAGCACGCGCCGGCGUGCACGGACAAACGCUACGCCAUGGUGCUGUUUCGCAUCACCAGCGUUUUCUAUCUCCUCUGGCUUCCCUACAUCCUGUACUUCCUGUUGGAGAGCGCUGGAAUCUACCGUCACCCCGUCGCCUCGUUCCUCACCACCUGGCUGGCUAUCAGCAACAGCUUCUGUAACUGUCUGAUCUAUAGUCUAACCAACAGUGCCUUCCGGAAGGGUUUAAAGCGUCUAUGUUCAUUCUGCGUGCAGCGUGUGGACAGUAAGAAUCCUUUUGGCCCUGGGCCGGGGCACGGACAGGGGCCAGUCUGCACACGCUCCACAUGCCAUGUGUAGGACCUCCCAGAGACCCGUGUGACGGUCGAGUCAGUGUGUCAUGUUGCUAAAGCACUAAGUGUGUCCCAUGUUGAUGCUGAGCUAAGGGGAACAGGCUUCACAGGAUGUUGUGUUGCUACGGUUGUUUCCAGACAGUUGGAUGUUUGUUGGAUGGUUGCGUUUCUGGUCACAGCUGGCUCUGACAGGAUCGGCUCCAGGACCCGAGCGUUUUGAGCCCCGCGUGGGAAGUACAGCCCAGCCUCUGCCAUGAGAGUGGUAGAACAUGGAGGGGGAGUGAGAGUCAGAAUAAGGAUGUGGAAUUACAGUACCCUAACCUUUGACUCCAGUUACGGAUGACAGAGCAAUGGCUAUGUUGUGUCAGCAUUUUGCCGUGGAUGGAGUGUUAGUUGAUUGAACACCUCCCUUCUGACAGUAAUUGCCAAAAACACAAACUGUAAGAACACAAGAACACAUGUUCUUGUGGGAAAAAUAUGUUUGAGACUGUAUCUUCCUAGCAGUUUGUGAAACAAUGUGUAUUUGUGCCAUGACUACAGUGUAUUAAAUGCAACAAAGUACUCACAUAAUUUAAAAAAAAACUGAAAAACACUUUAAUACUGAGCUAAGGGGAGCUGUCAAUAACUUAUUUAAAUGUUUUCCCUUGUGGAUUUUAUUUAAACACGGAAACAGAAUAUUUACAAUAUUGUGCUCUGAAGGGUGCAGCAAGCUCAAACUCUGAAGAGAAGCAAGUACUUCAUAAUUCAUUUAUAUCUGGGCUGUUCUGAGGCAGAGGUACGGUCAGAGAAAGGGAGGACCACUUUGUUUAGAGAUUUAAACACCAGGACUAGUUUACUCCCGAGGGAUCAGAGUAAUCAUUGACUGGAUGACUUUUGUUUCAACAAGCUUCCUUAUCAUCAGAGCUUGUCUGACUCUGUAACCAAAGUACAUUGCAGACAGACAAUACGUUCCAGUUCACUUAUGAGGAGAAUGUGGUCGUUAUGUCAAAGCAGGAGAUUGAUUGAAAAUUGAUUGUUUUGAGUUUCAGAGUAGUUUAUCAUCUCCAAAGCGUUGCCCCGUUGUCUGUUGCAUCCGGUAUUAACAAGCCAAUACCAGUGGGCCUGAUUAGUGACCUUUACUGUCUUCAUUAUCUAAGAUUUUUAUGAUGAGACUUUCUAAAAGAAAGAGUGAGCAAACAUCCACAUCUGAUAUUUUUUUUCGAUGUCAAAUUUUCUCUUCCAAUUAUCUGGUUACUCAACGUGGUCUCAGGGCAAUUCGUAUUAUUCUGUACAUAAAUCUGAGACAUUUCUUUUAGUAUGCUAUAUUACUUUACAUUAUGAAUGCAAUUGCGGUUGUACAGUAUCAUAUGAUUAUAAGAUUUGGUCAAAAGUAUCAUUCGUCUUACCCGGCCGUACAAUAGCAUACGAAUUUGAUUAAUUAACUUAGCAUAUGUCUUGGGGGGAUGUAUAGUAUUAUACGUCUUUCUCUGAGGCUAGGUUGCUUGUUGCGCCAUAACAACAAAGGAUAAUGAUGAGAAUCAUUUCCUUUGGUGGUUAGGCGACAACAAUUGCGUCAAGUUGGAAGUUAAAAAAGAGUUAAUUAGCAGCCUAAAAUACGAUGGCAAACCUUUUAAUGUGUGCACGAUGAAUUUUUUUGUUAUUAUUUGUGAAUUUAUCUUUGAUAGUAUGUGCUUGUUUCUGUGCGUCGACGUCUCUGCAAUGCUCUUCCCUGCCGUGGAAAAUAGACUCAAGCGAUCCCCGCUUUUGCGGACGUGCUGCUUUUUCAGGUUGCAUAGAAUGUCUCAUAGGUCAUCGUGAGUUGUUAAACUGCGGUGACGUGACGGCAUUAUAGUUUGGCCAUGGGUUAAUGACCGUGAAUGUUGAGAAAGCUGUGAGCUGCUGUCAGCUGAGGAACAUCGGCCCCUGGCCAAGUGUCGUAAAGUAUUGUCUGCAUAGUAAUGCAGCCCCACAGGUUCUUGUGUUAUUGCAUACAUUCCAAUUGGCACCCUAUUCUCUGAAUAGUGCACUACUUUUGACCAGGACCAAUAAGGCUCUGGUCAAAAGUAGUGUACUAGAUAGGGAAUAGGGUGGCAUUUGGGAUGUAUGCGGUAACACAAUAACCUGUAGGGCUGCAUUACUUUACAGUAUAAUGAAACAGAUAGAAAUUAAGAUCUCAAUGUUCAACUGUUUUCGGUCCAAUCUUACUAGUUAUUUAUUAGACCUUUCACAGGCUUUGGCCUCUUGAAUCUUUUCUCUCUCGUUUUAUGGUAGCCUACUCCUCCAUUUGGGAGCAAAUAUACAAUAUACUUAGUAGCUUUACUUUCUUAGUUGACCAAAGGUGAAUGUGUGUUAGAUGUUAUAUAUUUCAAAAAGAACGAGAUGGAAUGAGAGAGAUGUAGAGAGAGUUAACGUGCAAUUUAGGGUUAUUUUUUUCUGGAAGUUUUCAUGUUAGGAAUUUUGCAGUGAUGACGGUAUGGACAGACAUUGAGUUGGACUACUGUAUUGUUAGGCUGCCUCUGCAAUGAAUACAGUGCUGUUCAUCUUUAUGUAGGCUAAAGUUCCAUGUUACAUUUCAAAUUUGUACAUAGUCUUAUGCAUGUUUUCCCUACUGUAUAUAUUUGAUUAGGUGAUUUGAAUAAGAAAGCUCACAAUUCAAAUAUUGUCAAACUACAAACACUUUUGGAGACUGUCUUUGCGCAGCCAAAGGGCAGAGUGCAAUACGUUCAUUGUUCCUCCAUUUUGUCCGUUUUAUUGAAGAAUGUCAACACAAGACACAAUUUUUUUUAUAUAUAUCUUUUUUCCUCCUCUACAUUUUACCACCGGUUAUUGAAACAAUAGAUCUGUUUCUCUCUAUUGACCAUGUGAUGUUCCUGAACUGUUGGGGAUAUUCAGAGUCAUCAUACGUUGUUCACCGCUUUAUUACUUUCACAUGACUUUCUCCGUGACUCUUCUGCCCUUUGGGGAUGGAUGUGUGUGUGUGUGUGUGUGUGUGUGUGUGUGUGUGUGUGUGUGUGUGUGUGUGUGUGUGUGUGUGUGUGUGUGUGUGUGUGUGUGUGGGUGCUUUGUAUGCUACUAUGUUUGAUGUGCGAAUGCAUAGUUUUUAUGUUAUUUUUUAUUUGAUUUUUAAUAAAUGUUUGGGUCUUUUUUAGUGUGUUGGAUACUGACAGGCAGCUCAGUUCUCUCGAAACAAAUAUUUGCUCACGGACAUAUGCCAAAUAUCGAUUGGGUUUCCUACUAUUGUACUUUCAAACAGGCUCUUAUUUUUUCAGAUACUGACCACUUAGUAUUCCGAUGAGGUGGAUUUGUACUUCUAAAACAAUUCCUUACAUUUGUAUACCAUUUUCCAUGCUUUCAGGUUAAUGGAUUUACUAAUAUCGUUGUGUAUUUAAAAAAUAAUUCAGGCGUUCUUCUUUUGAGGAAGAUAGGAGUUCAACAGUAUUUGAGUUUGACAGUAUCCCCAUCUAGGUGUCGGUUUAGUUGAACUCUAUUCAAUCCAGCAGUCAGUUGACGGUUCUUUAGAAAGGGGGCAAAACUGUGAGAAAGGUUUCUUGCUUGGCUUGUUUGCUGAUGUACAUUUUUGGGACAUUUCAAUGCCAAAGAACCACGGCAAGUCCUUUUUCUUUUUCCUGUGGGAAAACAUCAAAGGGCUAGUGAUCCCGGGGUGACUCCAAAACUCCCACGAUGACCUGCUCUCAACAGUGCCAUAUUAGGACGUUGUGAGACCUGAUAUGAUGCUGGAAAUGUCCAUGCCAAAUCUGGGACAGUUUUGUGGCCCAAGCUUUACUAGAGGACUACACACCCACGCACACAGGGUGCACACACACACACACACACACACGCACUGUUUUCCCUUCUGUUAUCCAGCAUGUCCUUAUUGAAUUUUCUCAUAUGUAUUUUCUUAAUUCUCUAAAUUGUCAGGCCAGGCUCUCUUAAUGGUUAGCUCAUGACCCGACUGUAUUAAGUGGCUCAGCUCUUUAUCAGAUUAAGAGGAGAAUGGACGCAUUAACAAGAAGGCCGUUUGGCUGGAAAUGUCCCAAAACAUGGUUGAAAAUGUGACUUAAAAAAAAAAAAUGUAUUUAAUGUUUAACAUUGGUUGAACUCUCUUCAAUGUUUAGAUUAUUUCGUCGCAAAUGCUGGGUAAACUGAAUGUUGCGGGGGCUUAAACAUAAUCAUGUUCUCCGUGUUAUUUAAGGCUCGUUAACUAACUCGGUACCACGAGCCCUUGUAAUGAUGUCAUGUUGUAGAGUUGUCCUGAGAUAUUUCUAUUCUGGUAUAUUAUUCUGCACUGAGCAAAUAAAUGUGAUCUUAUCUAAAGGAAUCACACUUCCUGCUUGUUAUUCUUGCUUUGUGCUUUAUGAAAACGUGUACGUGCUUGUGGGCUCACCGAGCUUGUACACUAUAUGGGCGUGAGUGUGUGUCAGUGUUACCACAAAUGCAUACCUGUACAUGAUGGACACGUGUUUGUGUGCGCUAUCGACUUAUCGUUACCACAAAUAGAAUACCAGGGAUCAGCAAUUCACCA